UCAUUAUCCAACCGUUGUAGUGUCUGUUUCACUCACUACUAAAACAAUACUGUCCUGACCUACUGUGUGUGUUUGUGACUGUGUGUAAUCAAUCAGCCACUGAUCAGAUUUGAGCUUACAACAGGUAAAAAUGCAAAGAAGUAUCGGAACAUUUCUAUCACAUGGAAGCGUUGUGAAGAAUGCGGUUCUCCAACACAUUCGUUUGGUGAAUCCUCUUGCACGAUCUCUUGUGAGGCAUGAGUCAACUUCGGCAGCUCGUAUUGAAGAGCAAGGUUUUGAAAGCACUAAAAUUUCAGAUGUUUUAAAAGGAAAGGGGAAAAGUGCCGAUGGUUCAUGGCUUUGGUGCACCACCGAAGAUUCCGUGUAUGACGCCGUCAAGUCGAUGACACAACACAAUGUUGGAGCUUUGGUGGUGGUGAAACCCGGGGAGGAGAAAUCCAUUGCUGGAAUUAUCACAGAAAGAGAUUAUCUCAGGAAAAUUAUUGUUCAGGGAAGAUCGUCGAAGUCAACCAAGGUUGGAGAUAUCAUGACAGAAGAGAACAAGCUUAUCACGGUCACUCCAGACACCAAAGUUCUGAAAGCAAUGCAGUUGAUGACAGAUAAUCGUAUUAGACACAUUCCAGUGAUUGAUGAAAAGGGCAUGCUAGGCAUGGUUUCCAUUGGAGAUGUGGUCCGUGCUGUUGUAAGCGAGCACAGGGAAGAGCUCAACCGUCUGAAUGCGUUCAUUCAAGGAGGCUACUAGAAACCAUAGAACUCGACCACCUGAAUGUGUUCAUUCAAGGAGGCUACUAGAAACCAUAGAUGAUGAUAAUGACGAUAAGUUGCUUCUCUGUAAACACGGUUAUAUGCUGAGUUUGAAGUAUGCCUUUUCUUUUAAUGCUUGUAUAAUAUUGUGUUGCUCUACAAACUUGACAUAAAAAGCUUGAAGCUUUAUAUGUUAUAUUUCGUUCUGAUGUCAA